AUGGAGGGCAGGCGCCCGCGCAUGGGCGCGGCGGUGGUAGAUUUCCGGCCGGCGACGCUGGAAGGGUUUCUGAGGGAGAUGGUGGGAGGGGGGCCGGACGAGGUGGCGCGGAUGGUGGCGGAGUGCCUGGCCGCGGGGCCCAGGCGGCCCAAGCCGCUCUGCGCCCCCUUCACCUACUACGCCCACCCCAGGCCGAAGAGGCCCGGGCCCCAAGGCCCGCUGGUGCUCAAGGGCGCGGCGCCGGCUGCCGAGCCCACGUCUGUGCCCCCCGACUGCUCCCCGUCCCUCGCCAAGCCAUGCAGCCCCCAAGAGGCAACAAACCGACAACCCCCAGAAGCUUCCACCUUUCCAGAUGGCCAGCACCUCGGCAGGCAGCCCGCGCGGCUGGAGCCAAUCCCCCCCAAGUGCCUGCGCUACGUGGACGUCGCGAAAACCGUGACGAUGGUGCACAGGAUCCCCAGCGAGUCAGGCACGGUCGAUGGGUCGCAAAUGUACAGGAGCGUGAUGCUGGAUCCAGGCGCGGAGAUGGCGGCCCUGAGGUCGUGUUCCUUCACUUCAUCCCCGAGGGUGUCGCUGAUGGAGCCGCCCAGGACGCCGGAGGACGCGCUGGCCCCAGUGGCCAGGUCGUGGUCCUUCACGCCCGUCGGCGCGGCGAGGAGCGCGAGGCUGGUCGCGAUGGGAUGCCCGGCUCCGCCCAAGCUCUUGAGUCGCCUGUGGAGCUUCGGGAAGGGCGGCAUGCCGAGCGCGGUGAUUGGGGAAGAGCUGAGGUUUGUGCAGGAGGGGCGUGAGCAUAGAAUGGACGCGCCCGCGAUCUCCGAUUACGAGCAGAACCAAAGUCCCGAUGUCCUCGAGGUGAACGGGCUUGCGGAACCCUAUUUCGAGGAGCCGGGUGUGGCUGAUGCCGCUGGGGAUCAAAGCGAAGAUCAGGGCGCUGCGGCAACUGACGCAGGCAAGGCCGAGGGAGCCGGCGAGGAUGCCGCCGAUGAUAAAAGGGAACAAGCUUCACCUUCAGAGACAGAGACUGGAGAACAGCGACGUUCUCAAGAUCGCAGUGAUCAUGCUGACCACCAGCCCAAUCAGGAUAUCCAGGAUCACCUCAGUCGCACUCCAUCGGAGCAGACGACCGCAAAAAGUGCGGAUCAGCAGACCAUCCGAGAUCACCAAAAUGGUCAGAGCGUCCCAGAGCAUCAGAUCCAAGAUCAGCAGGCUGUGCAGGUCCAAGGCAACCAAGUUCAUGGGGAUGUCGAGGAUCGCCGCCAUCAAAAUCGACCACCAGCGGAAGGCGUGGAAAAGGAAGACGAAGAGGAGGCGGACGGAAAGCAGGGCGGAAAUGGAGAACAUCGCGCGGCCCCAGCGGGAGUCGACUACGACGAAGACCCCCAGGACUUUCUCCAAACGCCCUGCGACCUUCGCCCCCCGGAGAGGGUGGAGAUGUUCGCCAUCGCCGCCGGCAGGCUGCGCUUCUUCCGCGACCUGUCCUGGCAGGCGAGGCUGGCCGUGUGCAGAGCAGCAGGCUACGCGAAGGUGCCCGGAGGGAGCGACGUCCCCCUGAUGAGCGUCGUUUCCAAGCCGGGGGCGGACGCGGCGGUGGUGCUUUUGGGCCGCGCGGCUGUGCGGACGGCGGGGGUCGUCGGGCCGCGGGAAUCCAAAGAGGCGGCGGGAUUGGUGACUGGGAAGGCGGUGCGGGAUGAGAAGGGCGGCGAAGAGGUGCAGACGCUGAGGAGCGUGGCUGCUGGCGACGGGGUGUCCUGUUGCGAUGCGUCCAUCUGGUCGGCGCAAACAGAAGGCGAACCGUCGGCGCUGCGAUUCGCCGCCGAGUGCGACACCCUCCUCAUGACGAUUUCCGAGUCCCUGAAUGCCAGGGCUGUCAACCCUGCGCCCAUUCAGAACGAGGCCCUAGCCCUGGCCCUCCUGCGCAAAUGCUCGCUGUUCUCAGAAUGGACAGCUGAAAGAGUGUCAAAGCUGCUGAGACACACGCGCUGCGAGGAGCAUGGUGAAAACGAGCUCAUCCUGAGGGCCUGGGAGGCAGCCCCCUGUCUGUACGUUGUGCAGAGCGGCGACUGCCGCGUGGCGUGCGGGUUGAUGGGGGUGGCGUCGCGAGCUGGGGGGCGGCGGGGCGGCAGGCCAGACACCGGGGAUUCGGGUAUGGAGAUCGAGCUGAGGCGCCUGGGUCACGGGGAGUGCGCGGGGGAGGGCAGCCUGGUGGGGAACCAGCGCAUGUGGGCGAGCGUGCGGACUGUGACGGCGUGCAAGGUGGGGGGGAUCAGCCGCAGAAGAAGAAGGUUUCCCAAAUAG